UUGGGACUGAAAAUAUUCACUUACCGCUUUCUGGCAACUUUUUCGUUAUUUUAUUUCUUUGAAAUUUUCAACAUAAUUUUUGAAGAUUUUGAUUGGAAUUUGACUUUAGGAGAAGAAAUAUUGAAUCGGCUUUCACAAUGUAGAGGUCAAGAUGCCUAUAUUGUUCUAGGAUUAAGCUCACAUUGUUCAGAUGAGGAUAUAAAACGAUAUUUCAAGAGACAAGUUGUUUUGUUGCAUUCUAAUGAGAAAAACUUGGUUGGUGCUGAUGAAGCUCUCCGACUACUUUCACUUGCUUACGAAGUUAUCGGUAUGCCUGAAGCUCGAGUUAAAUAUGAUAUGGAAAGAAAUUGGGUACUCUUAAUACUGUAUGAGAAAAUAAAUAGGAUGCGUAACACGAUGUCUUGCAAAUGUGGAUUUCGACAUUCUCGCUUACCAGUUGAAGGCUUACCAGUCAAUGAAGCCAGAUAUUGCAAACGGUGUAGGGCUCGACACCCUGCUAAACACAACGAUAUUUGGGCCGAAUCUCGACUUUUUGGCCUUAAAUGGGUAUAUUAUCUGUGUUUAGAUGGUGUUAUUUAUGACAUAACUCAAUGGGCUUCUUGUCAAUUGAUUCUGAUCGUCCGCGGCGUGCAGGGAGGAAGAAAAAGCUAA